UUCACUGCACUUUAUAAGCGACCUACAAAAAGACCAGAAUCUGACAGGUUACAGAACUGAACAAGCACACCAUCUGAAUGCAGAUAUGGCUUUCAGUUGGAUAACAGCCCUGCUUCCUCUGGCAAUCUCUCUGCCCUGUGUUUUGGGCUUGGAAGUCACGUGUCCUUUACUCUGUAAUUGCACCGCUCCUCCGAACAUCUCAGUGAUCUGCACCACCCCAGGGAUGAAUACAUUUCCCAGUGCUUUCCCCAGAAACACUGUCUCCAUCUCUGUGGAAUUCACAAAUAUCACCACAAUAGCCCCAAAAUCUCUCUCAGAAUUGCCUCUUCUGGAGGAACUACAUUUAUCUAACAAUGGUCUCACCUCUCUUCCUGACCGACUACUUGAGCCUCUAAUUCGUCUACACACAUUGGACCUCACCGACAACUUUCUCACAUCUGUGCCACACACAUUGCUACUGAAUAUGCCCAACUUAAAAUCGUUGAUCCUCAGUGGUAACUUGCUAACAAAUCUAUGGACAGAAGAUGACUUUGUUAAGCAGAAGUUGCAGUGGUUAGACCUAUCCCGGAAUCGCAUUUCAGUUUUGUACCUACAAAAUUUUUCCUCAUUCCACUAUAUGAAAAACUUGGACCUUUCAUAUAACAAAUUACAUGAACUGCCUGCUACAUUAUUCAGAAAAAUGAAUCCUCUUAGGCGCAUUAAUCUAGAGGGAAAUCAGCUCUCCACUCUGCCUCCCAAUCUGUUUAUUAAGAAUUCUCUGUUAGAGCACGUAUUUCUGGCACGGAAUAAUCUGAGCUUUGUUCCUGAUAAACUGUUAAACACACAUUUUAUCCAAACUGUAGAUCUGUCAGAGAACAAUCUGCACACACAAUCUUCUGGUCUGUAUCAAGUUUUGCAACAAGUGCAGCACAGAACUGAACAGACACUGGAUCUCUCUAAUAAUCCCUGGCAUUGUGACUGUCAACUUCUGUACUUGUACGGCUGGAUGGCAAAGCACAAGAAUAUAUUGUACAGCCUAGAAAGUACACGGUGUGAAAAGCCUAAUGCCUUUAAAAAUGCUAAACUGGUGCAGUUGUACGUGCCAGAGGAGGAUAUGAUAAAAAGUUGCCCAGUUCCCAAAAUAUUAACUGAAGACUAUGUUCAACAACGGACUUUUGUAUGAUACUCCAUCAACGAAUAUAUACUGAAUGAAUACCUUGCAACCUGUAGAACUAGAGUCAAAGAAACUGACACUAAACAUAAAGAAACUGAGAGAUAAAGAUAGAUAUGUUUGGCCAAGUCUGUCAUUAUAAUGUAUAAUCUCCUAUAUUAAUCUCUCUAAUAAAUAGGAAGUGCCAAAAAAAGGCUAAAUUGUGGGUGUGAUAAUAUGAAUUUCAGUUAGAUUUAUUAAAACAAAAUACAAAUCAUACAAAUAUAAGUGCAUAUAUUAAAUACACUAUGGUCUAGAUUACGAGUGGAUUGCUAAUAGGAGCGCGAGCGAUAAGGGGUUUAAUAUGUGGGGGGUUUGCACGCGUCAGGUUUUUCCUAUGUAUUACAAGUUGAAAGUAAACGUGAUCACUUGAGCAUAGUUUAAGUUAAUACACUUCGGGUUAGCUCAACCUCAGAGCUCGGGUUAAUUGUUUCUCCAAACAAAAAAUUGUCACAAACCACAUCAAAAAUACAUUACAAAGUACAGUGACACUCAUAAUAACAGCAUCUAAUAACAAUUAUUAAAAAAAUAUUGCACAAAAAAGUUAUAAGGGCUCAAAGAUAUGAGGUCUCAGGUGUUAGAAAAAAAGAAGUCAGGCAAAGGGCUUUAACAUAGAGAUACACACAUAUAGAUGGAUAUGUAUGUAUAUAUGUGUGUACAUAUGUAUUUAUAUGUGUAUAUAUGUAUUUACAGACAUAUAUAUAUAUACACAUAUAAACACAUAAAUACAUAUAUAGACAUAAAGAGAAGUGAAUUGGAGCCCUUUGCAGUUAAAGUGAAGGUCAAUUUUGACAAAUUAGUGCCCGGUUUUUAAUAAUCCUAUUAAACACAAGGGCACUUUAAUUCAUCAAAAUUGACAUUUCAAGUGUUUUCUUCUAAAACUUACCUUUGAAUCCUGAAAGCUGCUCCAUUGAUUCCCCCGGCCGUCGAAAGUCUCUGCUUACGUCAAAAAUAACGUAUCCGGCUUCCUCCAAUCACGGCAUUCCCCCCGGGGGAUCAUGGCCUGAGGGAAGGCAGUGAUUGGAUGAAGCAGGAUUUGUCAUUUUGGACCCGCGAAGAGGGCUUGUGACGGGUGGAAGAAGCGCUGCAGCAGCUUUCAGGAUUAAAAGGUAAGUUUUUGAAGAAAACGCUUGAAAUGUCAAUUUUGAUUAAUUAAAGCGCCCUUGUUUUUAAUAGGAUUAUUAAAAACCGGGCACUAAUUCGUCAAAAUUGGCCUUCACUUUAAGUAGGUGAAAACAUGAAAAAACAUAACUAUGCAAUAUUCAUAUUUAAUAAUGGUUUAACUAUGCUUUUAAAUAAAUAUUUCACAUUCCAAUGUUAUGCACAUAAGUUAAUAUGUUCCAAAUAUGUAUAAAUAGAUUGUCAGUAUAUAGCCGGGUUAUAACACAAUUUAUUUAAUAAUUAUUCUUUAAAACAAACCCCCAAUAAAAUGCAUAUACGAAACAAUUAAAAUCAAUAUUUUAUUCCUAAAUUCUCUAUAUUAGUUAAAUUUAUAAACACAUUGAAUAAUAUUUAUAGAAACCAGAUUACGAAUUAAAUGAUACACACUUAUGCUGAAUAUUCUAUACAAAGAUCAUAAAGAUAUACCUUUACAAAUUACCUUAUUCACAAUAAUCUCCCAAAUCAGAGUUGCAUUAAAAUAUCACAAUGAGAUACCAAGGUAUGGAUUGUUAACUUCCAGACAAAUAUAAUUAAGCUACUUAGCCCACAAAUGAUUCUAUAUAACUCUAAUUAAAACACCAGAAGUUGAAAAAUGAUAGAAUGGACGAGUAUGCGGAAAUGCUCGCCACUUGGGAAGACUACAUCAAAAAUCACAAUCAAAAUCUAGACACACAGUCAGGUUAAUAUCCACAAUCUACUACAUUUAGUCAGGAAGUCCUAACAUCCAAAGGUAUUUGCGCCCCUCAUCUCGUUCUAGAUAUAUAUGCGACACUCGAGAAUCCAUAAUUUGGUGAUGUGUGACAAUAGAUAACACACUAUCCUUUACGGAACCCUUACUUUGACGGGACGGUCAGCAUUCUUCUCUUUCUCUGUUGCUUGUCUCUUUUUUCCUCUACUUUAUUUUCUUUUUUUUGUUUUCUUUUACUCCCCCUUUCCUUCUUACAUCUUAUAUAAAGUCAACAAUAUCUCAUUGGAUUUACAUAACAAAAGAAGGAAGGUUUACUUUUAUUCUACUGAUUAACAUGUGUUAAACACAAAAUGUAACUGACAAUUUUAUUAAACCUGAUGGGAGCUGCGUCUCCCAGACUGUAAAUUGUAAACUUCAAGAUGUGCUUUCUUUUUGUCAGCUUUAUAAUUUUUUUCAAUAAAGUCAGUUUUCAAAAAAAAAGCAAAAAAAAACACCAGAAGUUAUAUAUAUUAUUAAUGCAAACAGCCAAUUUAUAUGCCAAUUUAUCUGAGCUGAAAUAAAUUCUUAUUUAUCUACAAUAAGGUAAAUCCUAAAAUAUAUCUAUAUAGCUGCAAUCUGACUAUAGUCUUAGAAUACCUUUGUCUAAAAUAUUAAACAUAUAGAACAGUCAUACAUCACCAACAUGAACCAAAUUAAAUGUUCCAGCUUUUCCAAGUAGAUUCAGGUCACCUCAUAUGAAGAAAGGUAUUGCAAUAUGAAUCAAGAAAUUAAUCCCAGGUAUUGCUUAUAGUGACUGUGUCCCCAAAAAUGGCAGCAAAGUUUUCAGUCAAAAGUUAGCAGGCAAAAAUACUUUUUUUUUUCUUUCCCCUUGCAUGAGGUUAUAUCAUGUGAUAUACCCCACCCUUUUCUUUUUAUAAUCAUCGGUGAUCUGAAUUUGAUAGGCCCUUAAAAGAGCUGUCUUUCCAUUGGCCCUCUGAGCUUGUCCCUCUCAUUGGUUCAUUUGGAUUUGCAUGUGUUCUAGUAGUCAAUCCAUUUGGCUGUCAUACCAUUUUUAACCCCCUAGGGGGCAGCAGACAACCACAGAUGCAAUCUCACCAUCAACAUUUCUAACUGUCUAAAUACCUAAUCUCAGAGUGUUCUUUAAAUAUGCUUAAUAUGCUCACUAUUUCUUGUAUUGAUAAGUCAUAUGUUUAAUAUACAUGGACAUGGACCAUAUUGUGCCAUUGUUUUCUGAUUAUUUUGAUAUGAAAUAUGAGUAUUAUUUCUAGCAUCAUAUUAAUAAGCAGCUCACUGUUAAGCAUCUUUCUACACAGCAUCAUAGCAUUCAACAUCCUGGUAUUGUAUUGCAUCUUAAAUAAAUACAGCACAUUUCACGUUUCUAAUAAUUUUUGAGUGCAUAGAUUCAUGUUUAUGAUCAGUAUUCAUUCAUUGUUGUCUGAAAAAUAAAUAA